AUGAUAACAUCGAGUGAUGAUGACUCGAUCUUCAUCUACAGCAUGCAAACGGGGACACGAACACGCAAUGUGAAUAGUAAAAAAUACGGUGUUGAUCUCAUUCGCUUCUCCCACAACACUAGUAAUGCAAUACACUGCUCUACAAAGGUUGACGACACGAUCAGGUACCUAUCUCUCCAUGACAACAAAUAUAUAAGAUACUUUCCGGGUCAUACAAAGAAAGUUAUGUGUUUGAGUAUGAAUCCACUAGACGACACUUUCCUAUCUGGUUCUUUGGACAAAACCAUUCGAUUAUGGGACUUAAGAUCUCAAAACUGUCAGGGUUUGAUGCAGGUGAACGGAAAGGCGAUUGCGGCUUUCGACCCCGAAGGAUUGAUAUUUGCAGCAGGCAUAAACAAUGAGCAAGUGAAACUCUAUGACUUACGCUCAUUUGAUAAGGGUCCUUUCACGACUUUCAAAUUAGAAGCUGAACGAUCCUGCGAAUGGACUGGUAUGACAUUCUCUCCAUGCGGGAAAUAUAUAAUGAUCAAUACUAAUGGAACAGUUAUAAGGUUGAUUGAUGCGUUCAAUGGAAACUUGAAGACCACAUUCGAAGGACACCGAAAUGACCAGUCAGAGGCGCUAGAAGCAUCGUUCUCACCUGACUCUCAGUUUGUGUUUUGUGGUUCAUCAGACCGCUGCAUCUAUGCUUGGUGUACAGAAACAGGAAAAAGAAUAGCUACCUUCGAAACAGAGCACGACAAUCACCUGCGGAUUGUGUCAUGGAACCCUAAACAUUUCAUGGUGGCCUCAGCGUGCACGAAACUGUGUUUCUGGAUCCCAGGUGACGAAGUGGUCGACAACUGA